UUUCUGCUUUUAAUGUGAAAUGAAACUUAGGGAAAAGAGUUGGGAACUGGAGCUAUAUGUUCAGCCCACCCUGACUUUAAAAGGAGUGAGAUUUGUGUGUUGCUUCAAAAGAGAGAAGCACAUUUGAGGACGACUGGACUUUGUUACCAGAAGGGUUGGAAAUGCUUGCACAUCGAAACCUAUGCACUCUGUGGCUUUUGCUACUUCUCCAUGUCACUGCAAGUGCAAUGAAAUUUAACCUGUUCAAAAGGAACCCUGAGCCCCAGGAAGGGAAUGUGAGGUUGUUUGGCUCUGAGAGUGAUUCAGAAGGCCGUGUAGAAGUCUACCAUGACGGAAAAUGGGGAACAGUGUGCGAUGAUGGCUGGGGCAUUGCUGAGGCCCAGGUGGUGUGUCGUCAGCUGCACUUCCCCGGAGCAAAAUCUGUUGUCAUUGGGAAGGACUAUGGAGAAGCAACUGGACCCAUUUGGCUGGAUGAUAUGAAAUGUAAAGGCAAUGAGAACCUACUGUCAGCUUGCGAAUUCAAAAACUGGGGAGUAACCGACUGUUCCCACAAAGAGGAUGUUGCAGUUAUUUGUGAAACAGCUGAUGUAAAUGCAACCCUCCUUGAUUCUGCAUACUCACUGGACCACAGCAGCACUCUGUCUGAUGAGCUUGGCCAAAUCUUUGACAAUGGGAAAGGCUGUGACUUCCUCAUAAUAGUCCAGAGUGCGACUGGAAACAGACAGGAAGAUGGGACCCCACAGAUGGUUGAGACAACGUUUUGUACACACAAAAUGGUCCUCUCACCAUUCCCAAACUUCAAUGCUUCAGAGGGGAACACUAACAUCACGGUCAGCGUCAGCCAGUUUUGCCUGCCACAUUUCACCUCCUUCAUCAGGUACAUUUACACCCACAAGAUGGAUGUGACCUUCUCCUCUGCGCAGUGCCUCCACUGGAUGGCUUCUAAGUUUGGAGUGAAGCGGCUCAUGGCGGACACAGGCCGGCUUUUCAUUAAGAUCCUUCCAGAGGAUGCUUUGUUUCACACCCAGGUGUCCCUUUACAAAUACGCAGAGGAGACUGGGGACUUGGUCCUCCAGGAGAACUGUAUUCAGUAUCUGGCCUGGAACUACCAGAAUCUGACCAGGUCCCCUGCUUGGUCUGGCCUCUCUGUUGAGCUCCUUGGAGCCCUUCUAUAUCGUUCUGACCUGGUGGUGCCAAAUGAAUAUUUUCUGCUUCAGACUGUAGAGAGCUGGCUCGUAGAGAAGGGCAACUCUACCAGUUUGGACACCCAGGCUCAACUUUUGAGUCGUAUUCGCUUCCCUAUGAUCCCCGCUGAGAAACUGUAUGAACUGGAGUCCAACUCUUCUCUCUACAGCACUCACAUGAAUCUGUAUCGUGAAAACAUAAUGAAAGCACUCCAGUUCAAUGUUCUGCUCUUCAGCAAUCUCGCAUCCAACCCAAAGUUCAACAAAGAAACUGAUGAUUACCUGCCCAGGAUCUACACUGCUAAGCCAUGGAGCACUGACAUUGACCCCUCAAAGGAAGUUCACUCACAUUCAGCCCAAACCCGCCAUAACUAUAACUAUAAUCGUAACUUUAACUAUAACUAUAAUUAUAACUAUAACCGCAACUAUGGCACUCAUGACUAUCUUUAUACCACUGUUAGUCCACACACACAGACCAUAACUGAGUCAUUUAGCGCACCUGUCCACAACAGCCUGAUCUUCAAGGACAACAAGAUUCACUGGGAGGUAAAUGUCAUCAGGAAACAAGCUCAAUGUCCAAGCUCGAAAUGCGAGUCGCUCCCUGUGGUGAAGCUGGCUUCUCAAAACCACUCAAACAAGCCGGGUAAUGUCGUCUUUCGUAACCAGCUCCUGCUAAUAUGCCAAGGCAAGUACAUUUGUCAGGUCCACGACUUCAAGGAUAACCUGGCUCAUGUUACCGUGAAUGGGACCCACACUGUUGCUUAUCCCUGCCGUGGUGACGAGUACACAUACCGUAUUGUAGUGAGACCAGAGUAUGUCUGAUCCAGUAGCAGGGCCAGGCUGAUCAGUAUGUCUGCUUAUUGUUCAAUACCUUUCAAUGAUGCGGUAAUAUUAUCAGAAUGAUUGUUUUUCAUUAAUCUGUGUUGGACACUUCUAUCACCUGGCUGUCUUAAUUCAAGUAUCCUUUCAUGAUCUUUUUAAAAUGGCAAAUAAAUUACCUGAUUUCUAGACA